CGGGUGUCUGGCCGAGUCCAGGGAGCCGCGGCGCCUUGUGCCCGGGAGCCAUCGCUGCAGCCCGAGGCCGGGUCCCAGGUCGGGGACUGCAGGGGGAGGCGACGGCGGCUGCGGCGGGAGCCUCGCUAGGGGCCUGGGACUGGGGAACUGCCUCCGACUUCACGAUGCCAGUAUGGACAGACUAGUUUAUGAUGCUUAUCCCCACCCACCACUUCCGAGACAUUGAGCGGAAGCCAGAAUACCUCCAGCCGGAAAAGUGCAUCCCACCUCCCUAUCCUGGUCCUGUGGGAACCAUGUGGUUUAUCCGCGACGGCUGUGGCAUCGCCUGUGCCAUUGUCACCUGGUUUCUGGUCCUCUAUGCGGAGUUUGUGGUCCUCUUUGUCAUGCUGAUUCCAUCUCGAGACUACGUGUACAGCGUCAUCAAUGGAAUUCUGUUCAACCUGCUGGCUUUCUUGGCCCUGGCUUCCCACUGCCGGGCCAUGCUGACAGACCCCGGCGCAGUGCCCAAAGGAAAUGCCACUAAAGAAUUCAUCGAGAGUUUGCAGCUGAAGCCCGGCCAGGUGGUGUACAAGUGCCCCAAGUGCUGCAGCAUCAAGCCCGACCGAGCGCACCACUGCAGUGUUUGUAAGCGGUGCAUUCGGAAGAUGGACCACCACUGUCCCUGGGUCAAUAACUGUGUGGGCGAGAACAACCAGAAGUACUUCGUCCUGUUUACAAUGUACAUAGCUCUCAUUUCCUUGCAUGCCCUCAUCAUGGUGGGAAUCCACUUUCUGCGUUGCUUUGAAGAAGAUUGGACAAAAUGCAGCUACUUCUCGCCGCCCACCACGGUGAUCCUCCUCAUCCUGCUGUGCUUUGAGGGGCUGCUCUUCCUCAUUUUCACGUCGGUGAUGUUUGGAACCCAGGUGCACUCCAUCUGCACAGAUGAGACGGGCAUUGAGCGUCUCAAACGAAAGCAGCAGCCCAGGGUGCACCCGGGCAGCUGGAAGAUGGUCAAAGAGACCUUUGGUGGGGACUUCUCUCUGAACUGGUUCAACCCCUUCUCCGGUCCGUGUCACCCAAAGGCUCUCAGUGACAGGGACUGGGUGCGGCAGGUGACAACCAUAUCAGACAACACGGAAACGGUGGAGCAGUCGGCGGAGAGGAAGGACGAGGACUCUGUGGAGGUGACCGACGAGUGAUGCUGCGUGGGGAGGGCCAGACGAGACGCGGUCACCCUGCCUUGUGGCUGCAGGGCUCACGGGAGGACGCAGCCUGCACCCCUCCUUCCUCUCCCCGUGCUGGGGCAGGUCUGGGGGCGGGGGACCAGGGGGACAGAGGAGAAGAGGUCCCGACGGGCUUGCCAGCAAAGGAGCUCUGCACCGGCAGCCCGGGGGAGGCAAAGAACUGGCCUUUGGCAUUUCUUGGGACGUCUGUCUUCUCUUGGAAAGGGUGGCCCUGCCUUCUGGCUUGAGAACUCAGGCCCUGGGUUAUGAUGGAAGGACAGAGGGCCCUGGGACCUGGGGCGGACACUGACAUGGGGAUCCCGGCCACUCCCUGGAGAGGGCUCCCCGUCUGGCUGAAUUAGAAGAAAUGUGUGCAAGGUAGCUGGGCCCGACGCGGGUACACAGCCCCAUGCAGGACGUGCCCGGGGCAGAAAGCCUGGCUUUGGGCAGUAACCUCAAACUGCCUUCCUGUCGCAUGGAUACUAGGAUCUGCACGGAGUCCCGUCUUCUGGCUGCCAGCUGGCCAUUCACAGGUGGGGUGGGGAGGAGCCUUUUCAGAGCUCCUGGGCCUCCCUGACCUCCCCCAGGUGAACCUCAUUUUUCCCUCCCUCCUGGAGGGGGUCUAACAACCAACCCCCAGGGCAGAACUGCCAGGAAUCUGGCCUGUGUGUUCUAGGCCCUUCUCCCAAGGUUGUGCCCCUCGUCUCUGAAAGGGGGAGGUGGGCAGGGCUGCGCGUCGAUGAACCAGCAGACAGACACACACUUACUCCACCAGGAGGCCUGGGCCCUGGUCACCCCAUUUGAAGCCCGAAGGGACCCCAUCUCAGUGGUUGCUGGAGAAGUAUCUUCUGCACAGAGGAGUUUGGGUCCCUGUUUGGAACAAGAGUGGGUUCCCCGCCCCCUCCCGGCCUAGGCCUCUGUUCUCUUUGGCACACUGCCUGCGUCAGCUGGCACCUGGAUGGGCGGAGGGCCCGGGCACUGCCCCGCACUGUCUGUGUCAGGGCCCCUCCCAGCUCCAGGCAGGAGCACAGGAGUCCUGAUCCGGACGGGCCUGUCGCCUGGUCCAGCGGGGUAGGUCAGCGUUUGCAGGUGCAGCCAUGACACUUAGGAAGAGGUGGUGGGACCGUGGGAGAGGGGAGGGCCUGGCAGGGCCUGGUUCUUGGACAGCAUCCCUGGUCCUUGCAUGGAGGGUAGACGUCCUGUCAGAGGGCCUGCCUACCCGAUGACUCCCCAGGCUCGGGGUAACGGAGGGGCUGGCUUCGCACAGCUCCUGAGUCCUGAUCCCGCUCGGCUGGCUCACGGGUGACUGCAGGAGGGUGACGGCAGAGCAACCAGAGGCACAGGCUCCCAGCCAGGCUGCAGGCCUACUUCUUGGUCCCUAUCAGCUUUAAUAUUUAUCAGUGACGACUAAGGAGCCCUGGCCAGCUCGGGCCGCUGGCGUGCUGCAGGGCAGGGUGCAGCGGCUCCCCACGUCGGCAGAGCUUCCUCUGACCGUGGAGGCAGCCCAGGGGGCAGCGUGGUGGACUGUGUACCAAAGACUCCACACCAGGCAGGCGCACAGGGCUCGAGUUUAGAAUAAGGGACAAGGGCUUGCUGAGGUCAGAGGUGUGUGCU